AUGAGGCCUCUCAACCUGUUUACGGUCCUUGCUGUCGCAGCCUCGGGCGUCCAGGCCCUGGCUGUUGCCCGCGAGGUAAAUCUGAAACUCGCGGUCCGCGCCGUGGACGAGCUUCACGCGCAGGAACCCACCCGGGCCAAGGAGCAGAGGCAUCUCGAAAGCCCACAGGCGCCCCGCAUACCUGAAGGCGGGCACUUGGCCGAGCGCCCCGACGAGGCCGCAGCCGCCGCUCCCGCUACCGAUCACGAGCCCGUCCUCGCGGCGCGGUACUUGCCAGAAACUCCUACCAGGCCCCCGGGGACGUUUCGUAAAAAGUGCGCGAGCACCGCGACGAGGCUUGGCAAAAUGGCCCACACGUGCGGGAACGCCCUCGAUAAGUUGGCCAACAGAGUCGGCGGAAACUCUGGAACGUACUUCUCGGGCCAGCCCUCCCAGUACGCGGAUCCUGCACACCUCCAGGGCCAGGCUUACAGCCACGCCAUGGCGGGCCAGCAGCACCCGGCGCCCCAGCAGAUCAACGUGCAGCAGGGCUACCAGCAGCCGGCCUAUCAGCAGCCAGGGUAUCAAAAUUCGCUCUAUCCGCAGCUGCCCCCUGACCAGCCAGUCUAUCCGAAGCCGGGGUAUCAAUAG